AUGACAUCCACAUCUACCACCGACGUAGGGACAGAAAGAAUAGAUCGUUUUGUCGGUUUAGGACAGAACACACCACAUGUUCCUUCUGUUCCUGGAAAAAGAGGAGAGACAGGAUUGGAUGAAGAUGAUUAUGAAAGUUUACCUGUUGGUGCUGGAUGGGCUACAAAUAUGUUGGCUGGUGCUAUGGCUGGAAUCUCAGAACAUGCUGUUAUUUUUCCUGUGGAUUCUAUCAAGACACGUAUGCAAGUACUCCCCUCACUAUCUCCUUCAACACUCCUCCAGCCUAUCCGUAAUGGUAUCGCCUCCCCUCCAGUCUCCGCACCAUUAACCACCAUCACUCAACACGUUCGAAGUAUCUCCACGACUGAAGGUCUUCGAAGUUUAUGGAGAGGCGUGGCCAGUGUCAUUAUGGGUGCUGGACCCGCUCAUGCAGCUCAUUUUGGCAUGUACGAAUUUGUGAGAGAGAUUUCAGGUGGGAGGAAAGAAGGUUGGUGGGGUGUGGGCGGUACCGCUUUGGCAGCUGCUGCAGCUACCAUUUCGAAUGAUGCUUUGAUGAACCCUUUUGAUGUCAUCAAACAACGUAUGCAGAUCCAAAACUCUCCCCACCGAUCAGUCUUUUCAUGCGCCCGAUCGGUUUACGCCACCGAAGGUCUCGCAGCGUUCUACGUAUCAUACCCCACCACACUCACCAUGACCGUACCCUUCACGGCGGUUCAAUUUUCAGCGUAUGAAAGUUUGAAAAGUCUGCUCAACCCAAGUGGGGCUUAUUCCCCUUUGACACAUGUAGUUGCUGGUGGGGUGGCAGGUGGGGUGGCUGCUGCUGUGACGACACCUUUGGAUGUAGCCAAAACAUUAUUACAAACUCGAGGAACUUCCAACGAUCCAAGAAUACGGAAUGCUAGUUCGAUGGCGGAAGCAUUGAGAAUUAUAAGGGAACGAGAUGGACUGAGAGGGUUGAGAAGAGGGAUGUUACCAAGAGUAUUGACGGUAGCGCCGAGCACUGCUAUUUCAUGGAUGAGUUACGAGUUUUUCAAAGUUCUGAUCCGUCAAGGUGGAGUGAUGCCAGAAACCGGUCAACCCACUCCUCCAGGUUGUUGA